UGAACCAACCAACGAAGAAGAAACGAGUUCAGUUGUUGUUGACGUUUCAGAAGUCUAACGACACGAGCACUUUUCCAUAUGCGAUACAGGUGAACACGUAAAACGCGCAUGGAUCUCGUUUUGUAUCUGAUAGCUGCUGCUAUUUUGGCAGUCCUGCUGUUAUUUGCUGUGAAGUUGCGGAAGAGGACGCAGGAAGCUGACAGAGAGCAUGAGCAGGCCGUGGUCCGAGCGGCGGUCGUCCGUCCACGUGCAGCCGUGGAAGAGCGAGGGGCUGGUAUGCCACGUCGAAGGAGGAAUCUUGCAGGGGCGAUGGCCAACAGAAGACCACAGAGAGAAGUAGAGGAGCUUGAAGAAGAGCAAGAACAGCAGGUAGAAGAUGAUGAUGAGGCCGAACAGCAGAGCUCCCAGCCGACUGCAAAAAUUGGAGCUAAAAAACAAAGGAAACUUGAAGAGAAACAGGCCAAGAAAGCACAGCGAGAGGCUGAGCUGGAGGAGCGUGAAGAAAGGAAGAGGAUGCAGGAGCUCAGAGAUCAAGAGAGACGACAGGAGGAGGAGAAAGAAAGAGAACUGGAAAAGAAACAGGAAGAGGAAGAGCGUCGGGCCAAGGAGGAGCAGGAAAAAAGGGAGGAGGAGGAGUACCUAAAGCUCAAAGCUUCCUUUGUGGUAGAAGACCAGGGUGAGGAGGAGCAGCUUACUGAAGACCAGUCACGUAACUUGCUCAGAGAAUUCAUCGAUUACAUAGAGAGCUGUAAAGUGGUUCUACUGGAGGACUUAGCCUCUCAUUUUGGAAUGAGAACAAAGGAUGCUAUUGCCAGACUGCAGGACUUGCUAGCAGAAGGAUCCCUCACAGGAGUCAUUGAUGACAGGGGGAAAUUUAUCUCAAUCACUCCAGCAGAAAUGGAUGCAGUGGCUCAGUUCAUCAAACAAAGAGGCCGGGUUUCUAUCACGGAGUUGGCCCUGGCUAGUAAUUCUUUGAUCAAUUUGAAACCAGAGAACCGCAACACUGCCUGAUGGACAAGGAUGUAACUUGCAGUUGAUUAAAUGUCUGCAGGGCUUACAUUUACACCAACAUCAGAAUGGUUCACUUUAAUUUAAACCAUUUAUGCCAAAAUCCCAAUUUUCCAGCCCCACACAGUGCACAUUUGAACCUAAGCCUACCCCUGGUCAUGCAGAAAAAAAGAGGAAAAAGUCUACUAACCACUGCUGAGAUAACAAGGUCUACCAUAAAAAAAUAUUGUUUCAUUUACAGUGAGAAAAUUAAGUAUUUGAACACCCUGCGAUUUUGCAAGUUCUCAGACUUAGAAAUGAUGGGUGGGUUAACAUUUUCAAAAUCGUAGGGUGUUCAAAUACUCAUUCACUACCAAAGAUGUAUAAACAAUUAUGUUUAUAGUGUUCAACUGCUCAUAAAAAAAAAUAAAAAAAGUUUGUUUCUACACUUUUUUUUUUUUUUAAUGAUGAAAGAUGGGAAUCGAAUCUUUUUGUAAGUUCUGUUUUCAUGUAGCCAUAGAAAAAUAUUCUGUGGUUUAAAUGAAGGGGAUGUCUUGUGACGUUUGGUAGUGCAUGAGUUAAUUGGCCGAAAAGCAUUUGUUGACAAAUAUUGUAUCCGUGUUCAUCUGUGCCAGUAGACAAUUACACUGAUAACGGUACUUUGUUCAAAGUGACAUGAAAUCUAUUUAAAUUAGGGCUGUCAAAUGAUUAAAAUUUUUAAUCGAGGUAAUCAGCCUAAAAAUUGUAAUUAAUCGCAAUUCAAACCAUCUCUAAAAUAUGCCAUAUUUUUCUGUAAAUUAUUGUUGGAAUGGAAAGAUAAGACUGACAUAAACAUUCAACAUACUGUACAUAAGUACUGUAUUUGUUUAUUAUAACAAUAAAUCCACAAGAUGGCAUUAUUAACAUUCUUUCUGUUAAAGGGAUCCAAGGAUAGAAAGACUUGUAGUUAUUAAAAGAUAAAUUUGAGUACAAGUUAUAGCAAUUUUAUAUUAAAACCCAUCUUAAUGUUUUCGUUCUAAUAAAAUUUGUAAAAUUUUCAAUAAAAAGUAAAUUAAUAGCUCGCCAUUGUUGACGCCGCAGAGCUGACGUCACAUGGGCUCCCUGUCGUUCUUCCACAGUGUCUAACUACGUAAGGUAGUGACAAAUACACCACAAGGUAUAAAUGGCGAGUUUUAAAUUUGAGAUCUAGCCAAGCAAAGUCUGAGUAAGUUUUAUGUGUAUUUUGCGUAGCUAUUUUGAUUGGGAAUGCCAGUUCUCUUUGCAUCGAGCCAUUUUCCUUUUGUGAACAUUAUUUUUGGAGAGAUAGGAAUAUUAUUUUUGUUGUGCUUCAACUAAAUGAUACUGUAGCGACUUAACUGUUCCUCCCAAAUGCAUGAUGGGAAGUUGGGCAACCAUGACUGUCAGUGGUGGCUGCAAAGGGUAUAUGUUCUGCGUUGUGUUCAACAAAGCAUGUUAAGUAAAAGAUCGUCUCCUGUCAUUCUUCUCCACGUCGCUCACCACAAUAGUUAUGUUUGUUGUGAAAGAGAUGCCAAAGAUUAUGCCAA